CACAAACCAUUACUCUUCCAUUUCCACACACCAAAAAACACCCAUGGGCAUGGCUGUGAUAUCAGAAAAAGAUCCAUCAAAUGCCUCCACACAAACCAUCCAAGAAAUCAUGACAACAUACAAAUCACUUCCACCACGACCCACCAUUGAAGACCUCGAAGCAGCCAUUUCUGUCAUCAAAACCCUCAACACCGAUGAAAAACGAAAACUUGACGAGAUCGCCACCCAAAUCUGCCCACCAGACAUCCCACAACCCCUCUUCUCCAUCCUUCAAAAGGUCAGACAAACCAUGGUCUUGUUUCAGACACAAGAACAGAGGAAAGAACCUCUGCAAGUUGUUGACUUUGACCAGAUUCAUCAAACCUUUGAUGAAUUGAUUCAGAAAGCUUCCAAGUGUGUUUCUAGUGAUACCCAGUUGGAUCAAGAAGAUGAUUUCAAAUACCCAGUUGCUGAUUUUGAGAAAAAAACUGUGAUCAGUGAUGAAAGUUUGCUGGUUUCUCAGAAGAUCAAGAAAGUUGAAAGCUUCAAGGGUUUGGUCAAGAGUUCUUCGACAAAAAUCAUCAAUUUUCCCUCAGGUGUAGAAGAACCUGAGAGAUUAAGCCUGAUGAAAGUAGCAGCCUUGAUUGAAAUCACAGCCAAACAAGAAGGAAAAGUCCUUGAUCUUCAAUCCAAAUUGAUGGAGAACAUUGAAUUGCUUCCUGCUUCUCUUGGAAAACUAUUGAACAUCACCGAACUUAAUCUAUCCGACAACAAAAUCACGGCUCUCCCAUCCUCCAUUGCCAAUCUUACCGCCCUAACAAAGCUCGAUAUCCAUUCAAACCAACUCACCGACCUCCCCGAUUCAGUCGGUCAAUUGGUCAACUUACUCGACCUUGAUCUCCAUGCAAACCGGUUGAAGUCUCUCCCAGAAUCAUUCGGGAAUCUUGUAAACUUGAUGAAUCUUGAUUUGAGCUCAAACUAUUUCACCCAUUUACCUGAUUUUAUAGGGAACUUAGCCUCUAUGCAAAUCUUGAUUGUCGAAACAAACGAUCUUGAAGAACUCCCGUACACAAUUGGAUCAUGUUCUUCACUCGUGGCGCUCAAACUAGACUUCAAUCAACUAAAAGGGCUUCCCGAAGCAAUUGGGAAGCUCGAGUGCUUGGAGAUUCUUACUUUGCACUAUAAUCGGAUAGGAAAGCUGCCUACAACAAUGGCAAACCUCACUAGAUUAAGAGAACUUGAUGUUAGUUUCAAUGAACUCGAAGGGAUACCCGAAAGUCUAUGUUUCGCAACCAGUUUGGAAACAUUAAUCGUGGGUAAGAACUUUGCUGACAUGACAGCUUUGCCAAGAUCAAUCGGCAAUCUUGAAAACCUUCAAGUGCUCGAUAUAAGCGGUGAUCAAAUACGAUUUUUACCUGGAUCUUUUGGGAUGUUGUCGAAGUUGAAAAUAUUCCUAGCUGAUGAGACCCCUCUCGAGGUUCCUCCGAGGGAAAUCACCAAGUUAGGGGCUCAGGCCGUAGUCGAAUACAUGGCUGAUUUGGUUGCCAAGAGAAACGUCGGACCUCAAGAAAUAAAGAAAAAGCGCAAAGGAAUUUGGUCGUGGAUCUGCAUGCUCUUUUCGGGCUAAUCGUCCUUCAAAAACGUUUCUGUAUAUAGUAUUUUCUCGGACAGUUUCACCGUUUUUCUCACAAAAAAAAUAAGGUUUUGGUCUUGAAAUACACAAAAAGUGAUUUUACGUCACAUUUUCACGUACAAUGGAUUAAAAAACUCGACAAAGCGUUGAUUCAUGAAAUAUUCACGUAUGAACAUAAGUCAAGUGUGUAUGAAAAAUAAACUCGAACUGUUUUUACCCUUUUUCUGCUUUUUUUAUUUUUUUCAAGAAGUUUAUUACAGAACGGACAUGUUGUAUUAAUUUGUACAUAUAAACUAGACAGACUUUUUAUGGGUUUACGUUCUUUUUACAAAGUGCAUCUGUUAUUCGAUUUAUCCUC